UUUGGCGGGAAACGCGAAGUGCGCUUUUUAUUUGAAAAUUGUUAAAAAAUAUAGUUUUUGAGUGUAAAUAGUACAUUUUGUAAAUAGUUUUCGUUAAACUGUGGUACAAUGCCGUCAGAUAGUGACGGCGGUGAUUUAGAGCCAGCAGCGGGCAAAAAGAGGAAGAAAAUGCAAAAGGAGAAACCCUCUGAAAGUGAUGGUGCAAAAUACAAACCAUUUAUAAAACCAGGGUAUCGUCGGGCGUACGGCGAUACUAGUACCAAUUCAGAAUUCCCUGUAUACGUAGAAAGCACAGAAGAUAUCAAACUAGGAAACAAAAAUCCCCUGGUGGUAUCCAAAUAUUUUAAACAAGUAAAAGGUGUAAGUGAAAGUAGGCGCAUAAACGCUACUAAAAUUAUGCUUGUUUUCAAACAAGCGACAGCGGCUAAUGACUUUUUGAAGCACGAGUGCCUUUCAGUUCAUAAACUUCGAGCGUUCAUCCCGGCGUCCUCUGUGGAAAGGGUGGGGGUGGUUAGGUUUAUUCCAAAAGAAUCUAGCAAUCAGGAACUAUUCAAUAAACUCUCCUCGGAAAGUGAAGUAAUAGGUGUAAAGAGAUUUUUGAAAAAAGUGGGAGAGGAGCUAAUUCCUCUGUCCACUAUCAGUGUAAUUUUCAGCGGUACUAGUCUACCGCAGUAUAUUUAUUUGGACAAAUGGAGAUACAAAGUUUUCACUUAUGUUCCUCCUUUGAUGCAAUGUUUUAAAUGUAUGAAAUUUAAACAUUAUGGGAAAAUUUGUAAAAAUCAGCAAAUAUGCUCACGGGUGCGCUGGUGAGCACCAUUACAAGGA